AGACUGGCUUUACGUGAAAUAAAACUGCAAGCAUCUCUCAGGGGCUCUUGAAAGGGAUCACAGAAUGUCCGGCCCAAAUUUAAAAGGAGUUUCAGUGCUUCGUCUGGUUACUCUAUUGGUGUUUGCAGGACUGGUUUCUCUCACAGUUCUGUAUUUCUUAUCUUCAUAUCAAACCAGCUGCUCACUUUCUCUGCCUAAACCACUACAAUAUAUAGACAAUUACUUUGGGCAGGACAGCGACUCUCUUACGGAUGCAGCAGAAGAUAAACCUGUUCUUCUUCUCUGGUUCUGGCCUGAAAAUUACUUCUUUGAUUUCAGUGACUGUAAAACCAUAUACAAUAUUGAUGGUUGUCAUUUGACCGACAAUAGAUCACUCUACGACAGUUCAGAUGCUGUCCUUAUUUUUCACAAAGCCAUCAGUCGGGACCUGUCCAACCUUCCUCGGUCUCCUCGUCCUCUGUUCCAGAGGUGGAUUUGGUUUCAUGUUGAAUCACCGACCAACACCAUAAAAAUACCAGGCCUGGAAAACCUGUUCAAUCUUACUCUCAGCUACAGACAGGAUGCUGAUAUUACUGUCCGGCUGCGCUUGAACACCAGAAAAAAAGCAGAUGAGCAGUUUGUAAUUCCCAAAAAAGACAAACUGGUGUGUUGGAUCGUAAGCAACAAUGCUGCCUGGACAGGAGUCGGCACAAGGAACGAGUUUUACAAAGAAUUCAGCAAGCACAUCAAAGUGCAUCUGUUCGGAAAGGCUUACGCAAAGUUUCUUGAUUAUAACGAGUACUAUCCAACCUUAGCGAGCUGCAAGUUUUACCUUUCCUUUGAGAACUCCAUCCACAAGGACUACAUCACGGAGAAGUUAAAUGGGCCGCUUGCUGUAGGCACCGUUCCUGUGGUUUUGGGUCCUCCAAGAAAAAACUAUGAAGCCUUCGUUCCUGCUGAGUCCUUCAUUCAUGUCAACGACUUCCCCGAUGCAAAGACACUAGCAGAAUAUCUGCUUCAGCUGGACAAGGAUGAAACUGCCUAUCGCAGGUUCUUCAAUUGGAGGAAACAUCUCUCUCCAACCCCUCAUUUGAUUCAGAAAACACAAGAGUUUAUUCUGCCUAUCUGCACUGCCUGUGACUAUAUAGCACGACACAGGCAUUAUAAAGAGGCUCAUGAUCUAUAUGAAUGGUAUUUUAAUUAGCAGAAUGUUUCUCAGAUUUUGUUACACUCUCAGAAAUAAAGUUAUGCAAGCCGUCACUGUGAUGGUACUUUUUCAAAAGGUAUGUUUGCCCAAUAUUUGGUUACAUAUUAGUAGACAUUAGAUUUUAGGUACUGAUUUAGCUUAUCAGUAUGGACUCAACGUACCUUUUGAAAAGGUACUGCCCCAAUGACAGCUCUCAUUUCCUUAUCUCUGAGCGAUAUGAGAAAUAUGUUCUUUUUGAAAAGGUAUGUACCUUUAUUUCUGAGUAAAUGAAGGUACAAGAAAUAUGUACUUUUUGAAAAUUUUAAAAGCUCUUUUACGUAUUUCUGGUCUUGUACAAAUUUAUAAUUCAUGGAGGGUUUUCAUAAUCAAUAGAUGUUAAAUAACAGUAUAAUACAAUUUAGGAAAAGUUGUCUCAUGGUUUAGUUUGUGUUUGUUUUUUAAGAGAUUGUGAAGUAGCUUUUUAAACCUAUUAACCACAUAUAUUUUUUUAAAAAUCAGUAACAUUUGCAUGUAUUCAUAUUAAAUUUAAAUGGUGUUGGUUUACAAUGUAGUUGUAUGUAUACAUAUAUAUUAAAUGCAUGUGUAAUAUGCAAUUUGCUUGGUGUUUUCCUUGCAGAAUAAAUAAAUUCAUG